GUUAACUGAUUAAAAUAUUUUAUUUGAUGAAAAGAUUUUGGCCAUAAAAAGUAAGAGAGACACACGUACCACUAAUACUUGGUUAGUACUACAAUAAUACGAUGUAUAAAAUAUAUACUUACAGAAUACAUAUAGACACACACAGGUGGGGAGGAGAAUUCUGUGGCUUUGGAUUCUUCUAGCAGAUCGUGCCUGCCAGCUUUUGGUAGAAUGGGUAAUAAAGAAAGUGUGAGGACUGUUUGAGGUAGAAAAAUAGUUUUAAUAUCAAUAAACUCUGUCGACCGUCAGUGAGAAGAAAGAAAUUCUUGGAAAGAAGAAAAAGGGCUGUCUGUUCGAUAAUAGAGUCUUUUUGUGCCAAAACUGGAAUUGUGUUUUCUGGAUUCUAGAGAGAGAGAGAGAGAGAGAGAGAUGACGGAGGAGAGACCGGUGGUGGCGGCGGCGGCGCUGCUCAUUGGCAUUCUGGUGUUUGGGCUGAGCUCGACCAAUGCAGACACAGAUCCAAAUGAUGCCUCUGUUCUCAGGGUCUUGUAUGGUGCUUUGAAUUCUCCUCAGCAACUUACAAAAUGGAGUGGGACUACCGGGGAUCCUUGUGGAGAAUCUUGGACGGGCAUUACAUGCUCAGGCUCCAAAGUCACAGAAAUAAAAAUAUCGGGACUUGGACUCACUGGUAAUAUGGGAUACCAGCUAAUGAGUUUGACAUCCUUAACAACUUUCGAUAUAAGCAAUAAUAAUCUCGGAAACCAGAUUACUUAUAAUCUUCCUACAAAUCUGCAGCGACUAAAUCUUGCCGGCAAUGGCUUCAAUGGUGGCAUUCCCUACUCAAUUUCACAGAUGGCUUCCCUAAAAUACCUAAACGUCAGUCACAAUCAAAUUCAGGGCCAACUGAAUGACAUGUUUGGAUCACUUUCCGCUCUGUCCACGUUGGAUUUCUCUUUUAAUGCCAUGACGGGUGAUAUUCCUCAGACUUUUCGCUCGCUCACUAGUAUGACUGAUAUGUAUUUGCAAAACAAUCAGUUUACGGGUACCAUCGAUGUUCUUGCAAAUCUUCCCCUUGAAAAUCUGAACGUUGAAAAUAACCAUUUUAGUGGAUGGAUUCCACAGCAGUUGAAAAGCAUAAAUCUACAAACGGGUGGUAAUUCAUGGAGCUCAGGGGCUGCACCCCCACCUCCACCUGGGACGCCUCCUGCCAGCCGGCCUAACCGAAAUCACAAAUCUGGAGGAAAUAGUGGCUCGUCUGAUGGUGGAGGAGAUGGAAGCAAAUCUGGCAUAGGUGCUGGUGGUGUGGCAGGAAUUGUUAUAUCUAUUUUGGUUGUUGGAGCAAUAGCUGCAUUCUUCAUCAUAAAGAGACGAUCCAGAAAGCCAUCCAUGGAUAUUGAAAAGCCUGAAAAUCAGCCUUUUGCUCCUCUUGCUUCACAAGAAGUGCAAGGGAUGAAGUCCGUUCAAAGUUUAUCCACAGCCAGCUCAAAAACCUUUGAAGCUCCUGCCAUGAUAACCCUGAAGCCGCCUCCUAUUGAUCGUCAUAAAUCAUUUGAUGAGGAUGAUGUUUCGACGAAGCCUAUAGUUCCCCCCAAGAAAAUCAAUACAGUCCCCAUAAAUGCUAAAUCAUAUUCAGUAGCAGAUCUGCAGAUAGCUACAGACAGCUUCAGUAUUGAAAACCUUAUUGGCGAAGGAUCUAUUGGACGCGUUUAUCGUGCUCAAUGUGAUGACGGAAAGGUUCUUGCCGUGAAGAAAAUAAAUUCAUCUACUCUGCUUAAUCACGAGGACUUUUUGGACAUCGUGUCAGAGAUUUCCCGGUUGAAUCACCCAAAUGUAACCGAGUUGGUGGGCUAUUGUUCUGAGCAUGGACAACUCUUGCUGGUUUACGAGUUCCAUAAAAAUGGUUCUCUGCAUGAGUUCCUUCAUCUCUCAGAUGAAGAUAGCAAGCCCUUAACGUGGAAUACCCGUGUCAAGAUUGCAUUGGGGACGGCACGUGCACUAGAGUACCUUCAUGAAGUUUGUUCACCAUCUGUUAUUCACAAGAAUUUCAAAUCAGCUAACAUUUUACUUGAUACGGAGCUCAAUCCUCAUCUUUCAGAUUGUGGUUUAGCGAGCCUCGUCCAUGAACCAGAUCAGGCAUCUGGCUACAGUGCACCCGAGGUCACCAUGUCUGGUCAAUAUACCAUAAAGAGUGAUGUAUAUAGUUUUGGAGUUGUGAUGUUGGAGCUUCUUAGCGGACGUAAACCAUUUGACAGCUCGAGGGCAAGAGCUGAGCAAUCUUUAGUUCGAUGGGCAACUCCUCAACUCCAUGACAUUGAUGCUCUGUCUAAGAUGGUCGAUCCAGCACUGAAAGGGCUCUAUCCCGUCAAAUCUCUAUCUCGUUUUGCUGAUGCCGUUGCUCUCUGUGUCCAGCCUGAGCCUGAGUUUAGGCCGCCUAUGUCUGAGGUGGUCCAAGCUUUGGUUCGUCUAGUGCAACGAGCAAACAUGAGCAAGAGAACAUUCGGAAAUGAAGGUUCGGCGAGAAGUGACGGUCAAGAUGGUCAAGACUACACUCCUUAGAUCCCCCUUGAGCAGAAGCAGGAGUAUCGAUACUUCAUUCUUUGCUUUUCAUGGGAUCUUGUUCGCAUUGUAUAAUAGUGAGAAUCGAUGGUAAAAUUUGUCCCUACCAUAGAAUUCUUUUUCGCUCGUAUCUUCACCUUCAUUUCAAUGUAUUCAAAGUUAAAACCAUUGCAGAUAACUGGUUCGUCUUUAUAAACUGCAAGAGUAUCUUCUUUCUGAAA